GCAGAGGGCCGGUGUCCUAGCAGAUAUUGGUAUAAUAGCCCAAGCACUUCAAAGGGGGAGGUUUGUCUUGUGUUUAGCGCUUUCACUUAUUAAUUCUACUGUCAAUGAGAGUUCUACAAAAGAGGAACCAAAACGAGUAAGCUAAUAUGCUAAGAUUGUAACUGGAAGCAUCAAGUUUGCGUACACGGGUAGUUUUACAGAUUUAAUCCAACAAGAGGCGCUAGUUAGCCAGUUAGCUAACAUAGCCAGCUAAAUACUUCAUUUUGUUGUUACCGAGGCGGAGUUGCUUUUCAUAGCGAGCAACAUGCCGGAAUAUCUGGAGGACCCAUCUGUUCUCACCAAAGAUAAACUCAAAAGCGAGCUUUUGGCCAACAAUGUUGCUCUCCCAACCGGAGACCAGCGAAAGGACGUUUAUGUGCAGCUGUAUCUGAAAAACUUGACCGUGCAGAACAAUAAGAUCCUAUCUACAGACGCCUUCUCCAGCGACGAGGAGUUGCCUGUCCCGGUAGUGUCAAACAAAAGUCGCUCGGGCAGGAAAGCCACGAGGAAAACAGACAAGCCUCGGCCAGAGGACCUGGAUGUGACUGAGCUGACUAGUGAGGGCCUGAAGGAUGAGCUACUCAAGUAUGGAAUCAACGUCGGACCCAUCGUGGCCUCAACCCGUAAGCUGUAUGAGAGAAGGCUCCAGAAGCUGUUGGACCAGGGUCCUCCUGAGACCGUGGCUUUACCGGUGGUCAUCACUCAGGUAGACGGCAACCACAACGGCAACUCUGACUCGGACUGCUACAGCGACAAGGAAGAAGAGGUAACAACCGAACCAGAGCCUGUCCCAGUCCCCGUGGUGGAGAGACCUGUCAGAAGCAGAGGGAAGACCCCAGUCACCACCAGGACCCGCAGCAGCCAGCACAACCGGGUGGAGAAGAUAGCAGCUGGUGAGCAGACACCCAACAGGGUGGAUGAGAAGGAUGUCCUCAAGGAGAUGUUCCCCUACGAGACCAACACUCCAACAGGAAUCAACGCCACCUGUCGACGGCCCAUCCGAGGGGCAGCCGGCAGGCCCCUAAAGUCUGGUGACCUGUGGACAGAUGAGACCCUCCUGCGCUCCUCUCACUCUUCCUACACAGAGAGCCGCACCGCCACCGUCCACAGAGUCACCACCCUGCCCCCCUCUACCAGGCAGGCAACGUCAGUGGCACCCCCUGCUGGAAAGGCCAUAGCACCACCCCAUGGCCUGCCUGUCUGGCUGAAGCUGCUGCUCCUCGGCAUUGUAGCUGGCUUCAUAUUCUUCAUCUACCAGACCAUGGAGACCAACGCUAUGGCCCCCUUCGGAGGGUCCUCAGAUUCCACGCAGACCAGUGGCCAUGAGGUCCGCAAGUGAAGCCUGGAUGACAGUGCUCUGGCAGCAUAAUGUUACUGCCACCACUUUCACCGUUCCUCGCUUCCUUGGCAUUCUUGUUUUGUUUUGUUUUUUCUGUUUCCGUCACUUAUAAUUGGUUAAAUGGUUUGGUACAGGAGCCUAAUCUGUAUCGGUGCCUCCUGGAGACGACAAUGUCCAAAAUGAUAUAUUGAAUGUUGAAGAUGACCACUUCUCAUUCUAAAAUGACAAUACUGUCUUCUGUUUGUUUCAGUCCGUCCUUUCCCCAUCUUUGAGGCUGAGAGAAAGCCAGUCGCACCAAUAAUCUACAGAUCACGUACAUACACCGAAACAGUGGCUUCCAAAUUAUGUGAACUUGCUUUAUAUGGUCUAUGUUUUUGUUUUAUAUCUCUGCAUGGUGUAAUCGUGUGAUUGCAUUUGCCGGAGUCUGUGAAAGAGAAUUGCCUGUGUGCGUGUCUGUGUUUCACACGGUUUGCUUUUGUAAUGCUGUCACUAUAAUCUAAUGCAGUUAGAUGUAAUCUAAUGCAGUUAUUAGCAAAAACAGUCAGGCAAAGACUGAAGGAAUUUCAACCAAUUGUAAACAGCUAUUUCUUGAUCGAACCAACUAUACAGCGGGUAUGUGUGAGAGACAGGGAUUCUUAAAACUCAUGCACACAUAUAGCUCUUAUGCUGUUUUUUUGUCUUUUUUUUAAUUGAAAUUGUCUGUGGAGCCUAAUUAGUAAUGUAUGUAUUCAUUGUAAUAAAUCAUGUAAUAUCCUCUCAAUAAAACUGUUGUAAUAUGUAAGGAUAA